CACGUCAACAACGGUCUUACACUUAGUGAUCUCCCUCUGCAUAUGCUGAAUAACAUCUUAUACAGGUUCUCUGAUGGCUGGGACAUUAUUACUCUGGGUCAAGUGACCCCAACUCUGUACAUGCUCAGUGAAGACAGACAGUUGUGGAAAAAACUCUGCCAGUACCAUUUUGCAGAAAAGCAGUUUUGUAGGCAUUUAAUUCCAUCAGAGAAAGGUCACAUUGACUGGAAGCUGAUGUACUUUGCACUUCAGAAAUAUUACCCAAUAAAGGAGCAGUACGGGGACACCUUGCAUUUCUGUCGACACUGUAGUAUUCUGUUUUGGAAGGACUACCACCUUGCUUUGUUACUCAAGGACACAGGGCAUCCCUGCACAGCCAGUGAUCCAAGCACCUGUCUCAUGCCAGUGUCUCCUCAGCAUUUCAUUGAUCUCUUCAAAUUCUGA